AUGGUUUUACUGAAAAUGAUUGUUGGUGCAAAAUUACGGACUCUUGUUUAUUCUCUCGGUGUCUCACGGUGCGUUGUGAUUCCUGUAGUUGAAGGUUCUCUGUUUGUUGGUUCUUUGAAGGAAGGUUGUAUUGUGAGUAACCUCCAAGUGUGGUACUUCCCAUCCUUCUGUCCAGAUGAUGUUGACACACGGGCUAUCACACGCAGAUUACGGCAAGAUGGCAACCUCAUUGGUGUGUUGAGUACCGACAAUUCUAUAACAGAUGAGGAACCACUUAAGAUGUCUCGUUCUUGGGACAUUGUUGGUAUUGAUUUAAUAAGUGGAGUGUCAUGUCAAACUGUGCGUGAAUGGGUUGAUAAAACAAAGCAAGAAUGGGAUUUUAGUUCUGGAGGGAGUGGAGAGACUUUCCACGUUGUUGCUUAUGAUUUUGGAAUCAAGCAUAAUAUACUUAAGCGUUUGGCGUCUUAUGGCUGCAAAAUCACUGUUGUACCAUCGACGUGGCCAGCAACAGAAACUUUGAAGAUGAAUCCUGAUGGGGUGCUUUUCAACAAUGGCCUUGGAGAUCCAUUUGUUGUUCCUUAUGCAGUUGAGACAGUGAAGAAAAUUCUGGGAAAGGUGCCUGUUUUUGGAAUUUGCAUGGGCCAUCAAUUGCUGGGUCAGGCUUUAGGAGGCAAAACCUUCAAGAUGAAAUUUGGCCAUCAUAGAAGGAAUCAUCCGGUUCGUAACCUUCGAACAGGACAUGUUGAAAUUAGUGCUCAGUAACAUUUGAUCUCAAAAUAAUGGCAAAACCACAACUAUGCCGUUGACCCUGCUACAUUGCCAGAAGGAGUCGAAGUUACACAUGUUAAUCUUAAUGAUGGAAGUUGUGCAGGCCUUGCUUUCCCUGCUCAAAGAAUAAUGUCUCUUCAAUACCAUCCUGAAGCCUCACCAGGACCUCAUGAUUCUGAUUACGCUUUCGGGGAAUUUAUAGAACUAAUGAAGCAGCAGAAGACCAAGAAACUUGAAAAGAAAAUAUCUACAUGGAACCAAAACGGGUUCCAUCAUCCGACACGGAUUCCAGAAUCCGUUUUGGGAGUGCAGAGCGUGAGGGUGCUUUUGGGGUGCAGGGGCUUACAUCCAUCUAUCAUAGGAGGGUUCAGUGGAAUGUGUGCUGUCAUGGGUGUUGCUGCAACAUUUGUGUCUUCAACUCUGGUCGAGCAAUUUGGCAUUUUAAAGGCUGGGGCAGUUGGGCUGGUAUUUCAAGCUUUACUUCUCAGCAUGGCUGUUGUUGUAUACUUGAGUGGAUCAAUUUCUCAUCAGAGUCCUCUUAUUACUUUCUUAUUUCUGAUUAUUUUAUCGCGGUUAGGGCACAUGUCAUAUGAUGUUGUAGGGGCACAGAUUCUCCAGACAUGAAUCCCAUCAUCCAAAGCAAAUCUCAUUGGAACGACAGAGAUUGUUGUUGCUAGUUUGGCGAAGUCCAUAAUGCUUGGUGUUGCAAUAAUUGCAAAUGAUCCUUCUCAUUUUGGAUGCUUGGCCUUGUUGUCUCUUCUAUCGGUUAUUGGUGCAGCAUGGAUGUUCUGUAGAUGGCUGUUGAAUCCAACAGAUGAACAAAAGAACCUCUUUGCUGUUGAAUCCAACAGAUGAACCAAGGAACCUCUUUUUUUAUAAUCCUCAAUUUGACAAAUAUGUAAGUAUCCCUUGUAUUUAUCAGUUGUAGUUUACGAGCAUAUUUUUCCUGUGACCUACAUCUCUACCAUGUAAAAUGCAACAAAAUUGUCCAUUUACU